ACACUACUUCACAGGGUCCAGGUGCCAAACUCCAUCAUUUCCAUUCUAUUCAAGCCCCUUCUUCUCUUUUGCUUUUUGGCCUUUCGUCCUUCUUCAACUGUUAUUCUCACUCGAUCUCCUCUUAUGGAGGAAGCUCUUAGGCGGCUUAGUGGAAUGACCCAUGUCCAGGAAUCCAUUCCAGACAACCACAAAAAGUCCACAAAUGGAGCCCCAGCUGUUGCCUCCGCCGCAGCCUCCACCGCGAACAAGAGGUCGCUGAAAGAAAGUGGUGGUGGCUCAGGUGGUACCAUGAGGUACCGUGGGGUUCGUCGGAGACCUUGGGGUCGGUAUGCAGCUGAGAUUAGGGACCCUCAGUCCAAAGAAAGACGUUGGCUUGGUACUUUUGACACGGCUGAGGAGGCUGCUUGUGCUUAUGACCGUGCUGCUCGAGCCAUGCGUGGUCUCAAGGCUCGCACCAAUUUCGUGUACCCUACUUCUGAUCCUCACUCUUCUACAGACCACUUUGUCCCUCCUGUUGGUUUGUCAUCAAAACAAGCUCAGGCGUCCAUCAGAGAUAUUCCCUCUCGCCAGUGCAACUCUAAUUCUUCAAAUUGGCCAUCUUUUGGAAACCCUGACGUUGGAGACUUCUCCGGGUCUGCUCCCCAGAGGAGUAAUUCUGCUUCUUUUAACAUGCUUCUUCUUCGAGAUUUCCUUGAUCCCUCUUCUGGUUCAUCUUUGUAUAAUCAUCCACAAGCUCUAUACGAUCAGUUUCCGCACAUUAACGGAUCCUGUAGUUCUCUGUCCAACACUUUCCCCAGUGGUAAGAAUCCCUCCAAUGAUUCAAAUGUCUCUGACACUUUUGCAGGCUCUUCUUUGAGUGCUUUACCAAUGAAUGAUGAUAAUCAGAGUUAUAACUCAUCUGGAGGCUCUGGUAAGCCAAACUCUCAGGUUGAUUACUUGGAAUUCUUUCCAAGAGAACCAUCCGAUUCUGGUUUGUUACAAGAGAUCAUUCAAGGUUUUUUGCCAAAACCCGCGUCUGAGAAAAUUCACUCGUCAAGCAGCUCCUUAAAUUGCACUGGAGAGUCCAUCGUUGCACCAGGACCUGAAAUGUCUACCUCCUACCCAUCGCUGGAUGAGUUUCGAAGGAGCAUCGAGAGUGAGCUCUUAGUUAAAAAUGAGAACUUGGGUGUCUAUCUUGGCCAUUACCAUGGUGGUUCUGCACAGUUUAAGAGUUCCCAUGGAAUUAAUUCUCAUGUGGUUCCUUACGGUCAUGUUGGUCUGCAAGAGAAGCUUCAUCAUCAAAUGGGUGCCGACUCCAUUCUUCAAGAUAUUUUCCAACAUCCAGAUUUUAUGUGAAGGGUUGAAAGCUUUCAGUUAGUGCAACUUGUUAGAAGUUCACAAGAUAUUCUAUGGUUUAUGUCGAACAAGCUUAUUUUCUGAGCAUUAGAAAUAUAUUAAACCCAAUGCUAAUCUAAGGUUUCUGGAAAAUCAUUUGCUAGCUAUCUAGUUUAAAUUUAAUUUUUAAAUGCUACCGUAUGUAAUCUCUCCUCUUGGGAAUUUAAAACUUGAAGCAGUGUUCUGCCUAAUGAUAACAAUGUGUUUAAGUUCCGUAUUGUGAUCCUCCAAUCGUUCCUUCUCUUCCUUUUUCUAUGGGCAUAUUUCUUGUAAGAUACUCUCUGCGUUUCUGUUUUGU